AUGGCCGCCGCGGCGAUUACACCUCAGUGCCACCGGCCGUGGCAGCUGGUCGUCCCAGCGAGAGCGAGCGCGAGAGCGAGCCGCUGCACGGGUCGCCCAACCGCAGCCGCAGGAAUCGGAGUUGGUUGUGCGCCGAACGCAUGGACGGGUCCAGAUGCUGGGCGCGCCGUGAGGGCCAGGGCUGGCGCGGCCGAGGCGCGGCCGUCGUCGUCGCCGGACGCCGUGACCUACAGCGCGAGCAUCUCCACCGACACUCCCCUCCACGAACCUCCCGGGGUCUCCUUCGACGAGUACCUCCAGGACCGCGUGCGCGUGUUCCGCGCCAUGUUCCCCGACGAGAGCAGGAGCCAGCGGGUCGGCGAUGGGGAAUGGCGGGUCCAGAUGCUGCCGCUGCAGUUCCUCCUCCUCACCGUGCGCCCCGUCGUCGUCAUGCAGCUGCGACACCGCGCCGGCGGGCUCGACCUCCGAGUCACGGAGUGGGAGCUGAGGGGGCUGGACGUCAGCUACGCGCCCUCUAGCUUCGACCUCGGCGUGAGCGGGUCGCUGUACGCUGACCGGAGCCGGAGCCGGAGCCAUGGGUGCCGGAUGAGGGGCCACCUGAAGAUCGCCAUCACCUGCGUCCUGCCGCCGCCCCUGCGCCUCGUGCCAGAGUCUGUCCUGCGCGGCGUCGCCGAAUCGGUUCUGUCGAGGCUGGCGGAGAAGAUGAAGCGGGACGUGGACGUCGGCCUCAUCGCCGACUUCAGGAGGUUUCACCGGGAGAAGGCGGCAGCGUCCAGGGCCACGCCGACGCUGGACGCGACGGCAUCGGGCAGAGACCAAGCCUCUGAAAGCUAG